AUGGAGGUGGAGGUGGCGGUGGCGGUUUACUGGCUGGCCUGUGGAGCAUCGUACAGGGUGACGGCAGACGCCUUUGGGAUGCCCCUGUCCACAGUCUGCAGGACGGUCUAUGGCGUGGUGGAGGAGAUGAUGGCCAUCCUCCACAGGAUGACUAAGACAGGAAAGCCAGACAGCUACUGGAGGGACCUCUGUAUAAAAUAUGCCCAGGGCCUUUACCGCUUCUCGACUGGCAAACGGCCAGGGGCCAAGAAAUGGAAAAAGGCCUUGGAGAACAUCGAUGCUUGCCCCCUGCAGAGCCAUAGUGGUAGUAAGGAUCUUUUCGGGAGAAGCCUUCAGUGCUCCUGUGGCUUCCACAAGGUCAGCUCAAGCAGAAAUUUGAAGCCUGCUGGUUUCACCCCCCACUGGAGCCCAAACCCUCUCGUCCUGAGCGGGGUGGUACCACCGGCAGAGGCUGUUAAUCUGGGCACCCAUGAGGAUGUGGGGGAUUUCCUUAAAAUGCCCAAAAUGUUCCGGGAAAAUGAACAGCUCCGGCAUAUACAGAAAGUCUGCCCAUGGAGCCAGGAUAUUCUGUCCCAGUUGGAUGUGGCACACAGGAGCCUGUUCCCCGCUGUCCUCACCACCCAGCUGGCUCUGGACAGAAAAGCAGUGACUUUCCUCAAGCCAAGGACCAGUGGAAACAGUUCCUCCUACGUCCAGUCUGCGAUGGAAGAAGCGCACAGUGAGGAGUGGGCACGGCAGACCAUCCGCUACCUCUCGGACUGUGAGCGGCACAAGAAGAUGGCUACCUUCAUCCCCUCUGCAGCUGUCUAUCUUCCUCCACCAACCUUCAGGCCCCUUCCACUUGCUCAAUGGUUUGAGACGGUCCACUCCAACGACAUUCUCAGCCAUCUGGAUGAGAUGAAGGGAGUGAUCACUUCUACCUAUGAUCACCAAGAAGCUGGCUGGCGGGAUCGGGGACAGUGCGGCACCCACACUGAUUGGACACUGAUGUCCAAUAUCGGAAACGAGUUAGGCCAGGUCCUGAACUCUGUUCUGACGUCGGGUGAAGGUGCAGGGUUGGAAGAGUUGUGCCAAGGCGUCGUCACUCGGUACAAGAAUGCAGGCCAAGCUGAACCUGAGGCCAUCUAUGUCGACCGAGACUGCUGCAGCCAGUCAGGCGUGUCUUCAGUGGCUAAGCUGUUUCACCCAUGGCAAACUACAGUGCGCUUGGACAGCUUCCACUUCAUGAGGCGCUUUAACUGCGGCCUCACAACAGAACACCACCCUCUGUAUGGUAUUUUCUGUGCCAAGCUUUCCUCCUGCAUUUUUGCAUGGGACCAGGAGGAUGUGCAACGCCUGAAGGAGGCCAAGAGAGAAGAGUGGAAGAGCAGCCAAAGCGGGCAUACUCCCACUGAGGAGCAGCUCAUGGCCACCAUCAGUCCAGGCGAACUGAAGAGGCACUGCAGGAGGAGGACCCGUGGAGUGGAGGAGACGCGGGGCAUGAUCUCAGGGCUGCUGGAAUCAGUGUGGGAGCUGACGGACACCACAGGGCUGCGUCUGGUGAGCCAUGACAGCAUGCGCCAUGUCUGGGAAGUGCAGCAGAAGCACCUGGAGUGCCUCCAAGACCCUGCAGGUGUGGCACUGUACACGAAGGUGGGGACACUCCAGAAGGGCGGCAAAGAGCUGGACGUCCUAAGGUGUGGUAGGGGGUCCUCCUCCCUGGAGAGUUUUCACAAACACCAGUGCGCUUUUAUUCCAGGCUGGCGGUGCAAUGCUGUUCACACACAGAUGUACAUGCUGGAGGGAGUAUCGAGGUGGAACAUGGGCCGGGCCAAGGAGGCAGUAGAUGUGGAGGGGGCCUCAACCCUCAGAAGCUUUGAUGUCCGCUUGAUGUCCCACCUCAGCAACUUAAGCCAGCGCGUUCUUGGUUCCACUCUGGUGCCAGAGUUCACUCCACCCGGGAAACCUACUAGCGAGCGCAUAGCAGUGGAGUAUUUAUUGGCCCAGACCAACAGAGGUGACCUGCUGGCUCCAAAUCAGGUCCCUGAGGUCCCCUCGCAGGUACUUGAGGAGGAGGAUGAGCCGGAUGACACCAUCAGCAUGACUGACAUUCUGUGCCAGUCAGCUGCGAUAGGGGCUGGUGAUCCUCCAGGUGCUGUGGUGGGUGACGCUGAACCCGGACCCCUCGUCACACAGGUGCAGGUGCUUGAGGCGGAGGAGGAGCCAGAUGACACCAUCAGCAUGACUGAUCACACAGGUGAUCCUCCAGGUGCUGUGGAGGAUGACGAUGAACCCGGACCCCUCGUCACAGAGAUAACCAGGCUCAUUGGCGAGUUCAUAGUGGACUAUAUGGCUCCAUUUAACAUUGUAGAGAACAGAAAAUUCAUCCAAAUGUUCAAGGUGCUGGAGCCCAAGUUUAAGGUGCCAUGCCGAGGACAUUUUUCAGAGAAGGUUAUUCCGGAAAUUUACAAUGAAACCAAACAAAGCGUGAAAGAGUGUCUCAAAAAUGCCGACUGCAUCGCCCUGACCACCGACGGCUGGACGUCGCGUGCAACACAGAGUUAUAUCACCAUCACGGCACAAGUCAUCGACGAGAAAUGGGAGAGUAAAAGCUUUGUGUUGCAAACUCACAACGCAAGCAACAUGGACAUUGCAGUGAGAGAGAGCGGUCUCCAUCCUCACAUCAAGUGCUUGGCGCACGUUGUGAAUCUGGCCAGUAAGCGAGGCUUGGCUGUAUCCCGCGUCGCGCGCCUUCUUGGCCGUGUGCGAAGAGUAACUACAUUCUUUCACAAGAGCACCACGGCCACCGCCGUCCUGGCCAACAAGCAACCCCAGUUGGAGCUGCCUCGGCAUAAGCUCAUCACCGAUGUCCAGACCAGGUGGAAUAGCACGUACGAAAUGCUUGCGCGCUACCUGGAACAACAAGCAGCUGUUUCAGCAGCGCUCAGCAGCCCAGAAAUCCGAAGGAAUGCCAGAGAAAUCGACACCCUGGAUAACACUGAUAUAUCAGAUGUAGAAGACAUAGUGAAACUGCUUAAGCCACUGAAGACAGCCACAACAGUUGUCUGUGAUGAAAAAGAGCCCACUGUUUCACUUAUAAUGCCACUGAAGUACAUGAUCGAGCAAAGCAUGUCACCAGACGAAAAUGACACACAGACCAUCGCCAACAUGAAAAGCGCAAUCCUACGCGACAUCUCGGACCGGUAUUCUGGGGACUGUAAUGAUAUGCUGCAGGAGUGCACAGCGCUUGACCCACGAUUCCGAAGCCUGUCCCAUCUGAAUAAUGAACAACGCGAGUCCGUCUAUGCCCGGAUACGUGAAAAAGCUGCAGGACCUCAUUUGCCACGCAACCAGACCAGUGACACUGAUGAAAGAACAACGAGGGCCAGUGCUUCAACACCAGGAGCAGCAGAGCAGGCCAUGGUCGAGGUUGAGACGGCACAGGGAGCAGAGCCAGUAGAAGGAGAAAGGCAGAUGCAGGAUGUGACACAGCCUCCCCCACCAAAGAAGACAGCGCUAGAAGAUCUCCUUGGGAGCUCCUACACUACUCUUGAGCCAGUGCAGUCCAGCAGAGGGAUUGAAAUGGAGAUAGUCGCCUACAGAAAUGGGAUUCCUAUCCCACUCAACAGUAGUCCACUUGAGUGGUGGAAAGUUAAUGCAUAUGCUUACCCCAUACUUGCCCCCCUUGCCAAAGCCUACCUUUGCAUUCCUGCUACGUCAGUGCCCAGUGAACGGGUCUUUUCGACGGCAGGAGACAUUGUGUGUGCUCAAAGAUCACUAAUUACACCAGAACAUGUCGAUAUGUUAGUUUUUCUGAAGAAGAACCAGUCCUAGGCCAGGGCCAUGACUUAAAAGAGGCUGAGCUAACGUAAUGUAGGGUUAAGUGUUCUUGUUUGUGUUUGAAAGGUUGGGCCGUGUGUUUCCUAGUGUGCAACUAAAACAAAAAUAAAUACGUUGUAAUUAC